AUGACUCUGCUGGAGAAUCCCCAGAUCGCUCCUUUCCCGACAUUGGUCAACCUUUCACAAUCGGAACCUUUCAAGGGACCUUCGGAUUCAACUUCGGCACCUUCUGUGACUGUUAACCCACUCAAUGAAUUGACUUCAAAGGCGCCAGAGGCAAAAUCCAGUUUCGUGCUAGAAGAGCAUCCCGUUGAUCAAGUAAGACCCAUUAAAGUGGGCAUUAUCGGUGCUGGACUCACCGGCAUCACUGCCGGCGUUUUGCUACCAGCUAAGCUACCUGGACUUGAUUUACGAAUCUACGACAAAAAUGCCAAUGUGGGCGGUACGUGGUUUGAAAACACCUACCCUGGCGUAAGAUGCGACAUACCCGCACAUGCCUACCAAUCAUGCUUUUCACCCAACACUCAAUGGAGCGAAGAGUUUGCUCAGGGCGCAGAAAUCAGAGACUACUGGCAAGGUGUUGCACAAAAGUACAAUGUCUACCAGUACGUUCGACCUCAGCAACAGGUUCAAAGAGCCGAGUGGCUGAGCGAUGAGGGGAAAUGGAAGGUUACUAUUGAGCAUGUUGAUGGUUCUAACAAGGUUUAUGAAGAAAAGCUGGAUGUUCUGAUCAAUGCCAUUGGUCAUUUUAACGCGUGGAAGCUACCUGAUUACGAGGGAAUCAAAGAUUUCAAAGGCGCUCUCUUCCAUUCCUCCAAUUGGGAUCACAAUGCCGAGUUAGAGGGAAAGCGCAUUGCUUUGAUCGGAAAUGGAGCCUCAGGGCUGCAAGUUUUGCCUUCCAUCCAGCCUAUUGCCAGUCACGUCGAUCACUAUGCUCGCAAUCCAACUUGGAUUGCAGACUCUUUCAGCAGUGGCAACGGUGGUGUGCGCCGCCUAGAGCCCAAUAUCAUCCCUGAGGACCUACGAGAGUCUUUCAAAGAUCCGCAGGUGUAUCUCAAAUACCGUACACAGGUGGAGAAGGGAUUCUUCCAACGAUUCGGUGCAAUCUUCAAGGACACACCUGAGAACAGAGACCUAAAAGAAAAAUGGUCCGAGCUGAUGCUCAAACGCAUUGCCGAUAAGCCCGAGCUUGGAGACAAGAUCAUUCCGGAUUUCCCUCCAAACUGUCGCCGCCCUACCCCGGGACCUGGGUACCUCGAGGCCCUGACGAAGGAAAAUGUCAGUUAUAUUCAAACGCGCAUUCAGCGAUUCACAGAGAAGGGAGUUAUCACAGAGGACGACGUUGAAAGAGAAGUAGACGUCGUAAUCUGCUCAACAGGCGCAAAUACAGAUCACGCUCCCCCAUUCUCGAUCAUCGCCAACAACAUCGAUCUCAAAUCAGCCUGGAAGCGAGACGGCCAUUUCGGGUUCCCAUACACUUACCUCGGAUUUGCGACGCCGGGAUUCCCCAAUCUUUUCUGGCUCGGUGGUCCAUAUGCCGCUGGUCACAGUGGAACUGUUCCAAAUAGCAUGGAAAAUCAGAUUACAUUUGUUGCGAAAGUGCUUCGCAAGGUGCGAAGUCAGGGUAUCAAGUCUAUCGCACCAUCACAGCAAGCUGCGGAUGACUUUGUCGAAUACUGCGACAACUUCUACCCGCGCACUGUGUGGUCUGCCAAUUGCAGCUCGUGGUACAAUGGAGGCCAGCCCGGUGCACGUAUCCAUGGCUUGUUCCCUGGCAGUGCGGCCGCUGCGAAUUACAUCCGCCGUGACCCCCGUUGGGAAGACUGGGAGUAUACUUACGUUAACCCAAGUGGAAAUCGCUUUGCUUAUUUCGGAAAUGGUUGGACUUCCAGGGAGUUGGAUCCAGAUGCGGAUCUCACGCCUCAUCUUAAGAUCCCUGAGGAUAUUGACUUGAGGUCACAUCUAGAAGGCUGGUGGGAUGUCUGA